CCUGGGUCCAGAGGCAGCGGGGCGAGGGAGAUGCGGCGAACCUUCCCACAGACCCUCGGAGACCUGCGGAGACCCGGCGGAGGCCGCGCAUCUUGUGCGGGGGCGAGGGUGCUCAGAAGAGACCUCCCCACCAGGGAGGGCGAUGAACCACUCCACUGAGACCCUGGUAACAGAAUUCAUCUUGCUGGGCUUCCCAGAGCUGUGCCACCUUCAGGGGCUGCUUUCCGGCUUAUUCCUCACGAUCUACUUGGUGACCAUCCUGGAGAACCUGGUCAUCGUGCUGACCAUCCGAGCCAGCCAGCAACUGCACACACCCAUGUACUUCUUCCUGGCCAACCUGUCCAUGCUGGAGACCCUCUACACCUCGGUCACCAUCCCCAAACUGCUGGCUGGCCUCCUAGCACAGGUGAGGACCAUCUCCUUCUCAGGAUGCCUCACCCAGCUGUUUCUCUUCCUCUCGCUCAGCUCCUCUGAGUGCUUCCUCCUGGCCACCAUGGCCUGUGACUGGUACCUGGCCAUCUGUCGUCCGCUGCACUACCCAGCCACCAUGAACUGGCAGCUCUGUCUGUGCCUGGCCCUCAGCGCCUGGCUGGGCAGCUUCCUGGCCUCUUUCGUGUCCAUGGCUCUCAUCUCCCGCCUCAGGUUCUGUGGCCCCAAUGUCCUCAACCACUUCUUCUGCGACAUCUCACCCCUGCUGCAGCUCUCCUGCUCUGACACCACUACCAUCGAAAUUCUGGACUUCGUGGCAGCCCUGGCUGUGCUCGCAGCCUCCCUGCUGGUGACCAUGGUCUCCUAUGCACACAUCCUGGUCACAGUGCUGAGGAUCCCGGGAUGGGCCGGGCACCAGAAAGCCUUCUCCACCUGUGCCUCCCACCUGGUGGUGGUGGCCACCUUCUACACCACCACCAUUUUCAUGUACGCCCGGCCUCACGCUGCCAGCUCCUUCGACAUCAACAAGCUGGUGUCCGUGAUCUAUUCAGUUGUGACACCACUGCUCAACCCCAUCAUCUACUGCUUGCGGAAUCUAGACGUCAGGGAGGCUCUGACCAAACUCCUCUGAGCCCCUGGUCGCUCCUGAGCACCAUCUGCAGGAGGCCAGCCCCACUUCCCGGGCCUCCUGGGUCCUACCUGCCCUGUUCCUGAGCCCACGUGGAUGGCCUCCAUUGCCUAAGCAACCAACUUCGGCUGGCGGGACAGUGAAUGAAGUGUCUGGGCAAGGCCAGAUGGUGCCUUGCCACACACUUGCCACCUUUCCUCAGAAACAGGAAUGUCAUUUGACUUAAAACUUGAUGGGUCUAGUGAGUAGGUGGCAUGCCCAUACUUGGCUUUUCUGCCUUUUCUUUGUUCUCUGGCACUUAGUGGCAGAAAUUGGGUUGAUCCAGCACCUUCCUUCUUACUGGGCUGCUGUCCCUGGUCAGGGAGAGUGGUUCUGACUCGAACCCAUUGCUUCCCACACUCCAAGCCCUCCCCUGCCAUGGCCCCGGGCGCGACGUGUUUGGUGUGCACCCUGGGAUAGUACGCGUGUAUCUGCAGGCGUGCCGGCUUGCUUGGCAUUGAGAGUUUUGAAUUCAUGGGAAUGGUUUGGUUUGGUGCUGUAAAUAUUCUCUUACUGUGCUGCUUUAUUAUUUUGAGGUUAUGUCAUUAAGUACAUGAAAUUUAGAACUGUGUUGUCAUCUUCCUAAAUUUAAC